AUGGCUCAACCAUUAUCCCUCAUAUCUGUUCAAGUCCAACUUAUGGACGAGCGGCUUGUCUUGGUCCACAUACCUCUGGACCUCUAUCCGUUUUUCGUGCAGCCUCUUCUGCAACUCAUCUUCCACGAGGUCCCUGCCAUGGAUGAGCGGAAUGAAGUCGAAGACGAAGAUGACGAAGCUAAAAGGGUCUCACAACCGGUAUUCUUGAAUCUUUCUGUCACUCCGGUCGAAUGCUCUGUGGUGUGUGCAAGGCAUCUGGCGGAACUCUAUUUCGAGCCGCUCGUCAGGCAGUUUGACCAGGCCGCUUCUGCCAGUGGGAGUCGAGUCUCCAUCAGCAAGGAAGAUUUCAUCGUCAUGCAAGUCGAGGGACAGGGCCUGGAUGCAGGCCAGCGUGUGUUGGAGUUGACUAGUCCGUUGGCGAUGGCGGGAAUUUCCAUCUUCUUUAUCUCGACAUACUUCUCAGACUAUAUCCUGGUCCCUCUGCGUUCCAAAGGUCAGGUUGUGCAAGCCCUCGAGAAACGCGGUUUUACCUUCGAAGUUUCCACAGAAGCGUUUGUCAACAGUAGUCAGUCUCAGUACGGUGGUCCCUUCUCUCCUGUCUCGCCGCCAGGGCCUGUUGCACGGUCACCACCGAACACCCCUCCCCCCUCAAGUCUUUCUGAACUGCAGCACAGGACCUUUGCCUAUUUGCGAAAGCACAAUAUCGUGCCACGAGUGGACGAGUCCCUGCGUUUGGUCCAGUGUGCGGCUCACCAUCGAUGGUCUAGCGACACUAGCUCUUUUGCUCUCUUACGGCCUGCGCUCACCACAGCUUUACUGGUCGACAAGCCUCGGUUUCUAUCCUUGACGUCGACAACCGCUGAUCCAGCAGCGUCCCUUCUACUGGAAAAGCGGCUUUUGCCUCGAUUUUCCAUCGACCCGGUGCCCGAGGUCGAACCAAAUGACGAAAACAGCCUUCUGCUUGGCUCAAAAGAAGACAUCCUCGUUCCUAUUAUGCUGGAUCUGAGAGACCUGCCCCUAGAAGCGACGGGUAUUGUCUGCGGCCUCGCUGGCCGGCUAGCAGCGGCCACGCACAGUCGGGAAGACUUAAGCAACAGCCAUGCUUCUAUUUCUUCUUUGACAAGUUCUAAUUCAGUUCUUCCCGCGGCAAGUAUGCCUAUUCCCAUGCCUAGUACAGGAACCUCUUCCACAGUAUCGGCUGUUGCAAGCAGCGCCUCGCAACCGGGAACGCAUCCUUCCGGUACUACGAGCCCUCCAUCAUCACACCACCUCGAACCCGAUCCAGAGACGUAUGCGGAUGCUGUUGAGAUCAGUUUCCUGAGCACCGUCCGUGCUGGGACGGUUAUUGUUGGGGAGCGAGAGCUUAGUCGUGCUGUGGACGCCCUAGAGGCAGAAAGCCGCGAACCCGAUAGCGAAAUUGUAGGGGAGGAGCCUUCAUGA